ACUAAUGUGCAAUAAUUGUGUGUGUGCGUGUGCGUGUGCUUGUAUAUACCCGUAUAUACAUAUUGAUAAUCACGGCUCUUUCAUAACGAGUGGAAACAAAUGCAUUUUUUUGAGGGGGCUAACACUUGUUUGCGGUAUCGUAUUUUUCUAAUUGUUAUCAUCAUAAAACUGGCUGAUCUUCGAAUUCAUUAUAAGAAUCAAAAUUUAUAACUUUCUUUGGAGAGUUGAAGCUUUGGGUGUAUUAUUGCACGCCCAAUUUCGAUUAUAAGAAUAACGAAGUACCUCGUAGAGGUAUCUUUAUUCUUCUCGCAGCCAAUGACGCCAGUCAUGUCGAGUGUCGAGGAGCAGGACAAACUACUGGAAGAUGCCAUUGGUGUCGUCAAGGUACAAGCCUUCCAGAUGAAACACUGUCUGGAUCACAACAAACUCAUGGAUGCCUUGAAACAUGCUUCAACCAUGCUCGGUGAACUCAGAACUUCGCUGCUCAGUCCCAAGAGUUAUUAUGAAUUAUAUAUGGCAAUUACGGACGAGCUGCGACAUCUAGAGAUAUAUUUACUAGACGAAUUUCAGAAAGGCAGGAAGGUUGCAGAUCUUUACGAACUUGUGCAAUACGCAGGAAAUAUUGUUCCUCGUUUGUAUUUACUAAUCACAGUGGGUUUGGUUUAUAUAAAGACUAACCCCUGUCUAAAGAGAGAUUUAUUACGAGAUUUGGUAGAAAUGUGCAGAGGGGUGCAACAUCCAUUGCGCGGUCUUUUUUUACGAAAUUACUUGUUGCAAUGCACACGAAACAUAUUGCCCGACGUUUCGGAAGGCGAUGACGAAGAGGGAACAUAUAUUUGUAUUCAGGUUCGUGACAGUAUUGACUUUGUCCUUAUGAAUUUCGCGGAGAUGAAUAAAUUGUGGGUACGGAUGCAGCAUCAAGGACACAGUAGAGAUCGAGAACGGAGGGAGCGGGAAAGAGAAGAAUUAAAAAUCCUCGUUGGAACGAAUUUAGUUCGCUUGAGUCAAUUGGAAUCCGUUACACUAGACAAGUACAAGAAACUCGUGCUCCCUGGAAUUUUGGAGCAAGUUGUGAGUUGCAGAGAUGCAAUAGCUCAAGAAUAUUUGAUGGAAUGCAUAAUUCAGGUUUUCCCAGAUGAAUUUCACCUUCAAACAUUGAACGCCUUUCUCAAAUCUUGUGCAGAAUUACACAAUGGUGUUAACGUUAAAAAUAUAAUAAUAUCGUUGAUUGAUCGUCUCGCAACUUUCAGUCAAAGAUCCGACGGCGUCGGUGGUCCGGGUAGCCCGAGUCAAAUUCCUGGAAUUCCACAAGAUGUUAAACUUUUCGAUGUAUUCAGUGAUCAAGUUGCGACCAUCAUUCAGCGAACGUUCAGUGAUGACCAGACUAGACAAGACAUGCCGCCUGAAGAUAUCGUCUCCUUACAAGUUGCCCUCAUCAAUUUGGCACAUAAAUGUUAUCCUGAAAGAGUUGAUUACGUUGAUAAAGUAUUAUUCACGACCGUCCAAAUAUUCGAAAAACUCAACGUAGAGAAAUUGGAAUAUAACAGUGCCGUGUCCCGAGAACUGGCCAGAUUAAUGAAAAUUCCAGUGGACAAUUAUAAAAAUAUACUGACAGUAUUGAAACUCGAGCAUUUUGCACCUCUUCUCGAGUAUUUCGAUUAUGAGGGCAGGAAACUUCUCGCCGUUUAUAUAAUUACAAAUAUACUCGAGAAUGAAACGCUCAUACCGACCCAAGAACAGGUAGACGCCAUACUUUCUGUCGUAUCUCCUCUCGUUCAAGAUCAACCGGAUCAACCAAGUAUCGAAGAAGAUCCUGAAGAUUUUGCUGAGGAGCAAGGACUCCUCGGGAGGCUUAUACAUCAUUUCAAAUCGGAAACUGCUGAUCAACAGUACAUGAUACUUAGCGCGGCAAGGAAACACUUCAGUGCUGGAGGAAAUAAGCGAAUAAAAUAUACUCUUCCGCCUAUCGUGUUUCAGGCUUAUCAGCUCGCAUUCACUUAUAAAACUCUCAAAGAUCAGGAUGAAAUGUGGCAGAAAAAAUGUCAGAAAAUAUUCCAAUUUUGUCACGCAACGAUAACAGCGUUGAUGAAAGCAGAACUUGCUGAAUUGCCAUUAAGGUUAUUUCUUCAGGGAGCUCUUGCCAUCGGCGAAAUCAGGUUUGAUAAUUUCGAGAUGGUAGCCUAUGAAUUUAUGAGCCAAGCAUUUUCGAUAUAUGAAGAUGAAAUCAGCGACUCGAAGGCUCAGUUAGCAGCGAUUACUCUCAUUAUCGCUACGUUCGAGCAGAUGAGCUGUUUUGGUGAAGAAAAUGCUGAACCGGUCAGAAAUCAGUGUGCACUUUAUGCGAGUAAAUUGUUGAGAAAACCAGACCAGUGCAGAGGAGUCGCAACGUGUUCCCACAUUUUCUGGUCUGGUAAAUCGUUGGCAACAGGAGGAAAAGAGAUGCAAGAUGGUAACAAAGUGUUGGAUUGUUUAAAAAAAGGUAUUCGAAUUGCAAGCCAGUGCAUGGACACCUCUGUGCAAGUGCAAUUGUACGUUGAGCUGCUCAACCAUUAUAUUUACUUUUACGAAAAGGAAAACUCAUCAGUCACAGUGCAAAUACUUAAUCAAGUCAUAGCAAAAAUAAAGGAAGAAUUGCCUAAUCUUGGGGUGAGCGAAGAAACCGAACAGAUACAAAAACACCUUGCUAACACUUUGGAACAUCUUCGAAAUCGCAUGAAGUGUUCUGAUUCUGAAGGAGGAAUGUACCAUGGUCUGGUGGUUUAAGUGUUACGAAGCAACUAUUAUAUAACAAAAAAUUUUGCAUCAGUGAGAUGCAACGGGUUCAAAUACUUUUCUUGUUCAAACAUUUUUAACUUUAGGCUUUCAACGUGGUGGGACCAUCAUUCUCUGGUGUUUCCUAUUCUAUUUUGAAAUGUCUAAGGGAAAUGUUUAAUUAAGAUAAGAAACUGAAAAAAGAAUUUCCCUUGUAUCUCACUGAUCGAAAUUUCGAUGAAAUCACCAGUCCUUCGUGUAAUUUUGUACAUAAUAAUAUGACGAUAGUUUAUUGUCCGCUUAUGGUUCAAAUAACCAUGACUUCGGGAAAUAAUGAAUCAUGUGAUUUUUUGUUCUUCGCAAAUAGAAAAAAGAAGUACUCGUUAUCGUGCCGAUUGAUUUAAUCAAGGUGAAAUUUUCAUUUAUUGUUUAUGGAUUAUAAAAAAAACAGAAAUGAUAUAUUUUACACAUACAAGUAUAUCAAUCAUUUUUAUCAGGCUCGAGCCCACAGUGCAUUUUCAAAUUCUAGAAAGGAUAAGUUUCAGCAAAUAAUUUGUUGAUGAAUAAAGUACGGUGAAACGAUCUACACUCGAAAAUAAUGUUGUAUAUUUGCCAGAAUAAAAUAAUUGUAUACAAGACUA